AUGCUGGUCCUAACGAUCUGUGCCUUCCGCAAGGCGGGCAUGGGGGAAGAUGAAUUUCACCACUACAUGAGCGAGAUUCACGCCCCCUUGAUCCGGGACCUGUUGGUCAAACACGGUAUCACUCGCUACUCAAUGACCCAUAACACGACACAUACGCGCUCGUUGGUGCCUCAGAUCCAAGAUUCUCAGUUUGCUAACAACAACGCCUAUGACAUGGUCACUCAAAUCCGGUUUCCAGAGAUUGACAAUUUCGUGAGCUUCCGAAACGACCCUUUCUAUGUGGAGAAGAUCAUGCCGGACCACGAUCGCUUCACCGAUCCGGACAGAGUAUUGUAA